UACACGGGCGAUCCAUAGGGCUGCUGCUUGAGCGCAUCCACCCAAACAAAAGAUAUCCGCAAAAGAUGAACAAAAAUCAAAAAUGGUGGAAAAUAGUCUGGUAGAAGACGAUCGUGUGAAACGUAACGUAAUAUUAUUGUGAACUUUUUAUGUUCUUUUCAUCGAUAUAGAAUAUAAUAAUCGACUCUGAAUGUCAUUAAAUUUGCUAGAAAGUGUGUUUUUCAAAGCUCAAAUGUGAAAAUUGCAAGUUUCUUCAUUUAUGAAUCAUAUAAGACAAAUGCAACGUGGUUUUAUUUAAUAUCAUAAACAACAGGCCUCGAUAAAAAAUGUUUCGAGUGCCAAAGACGGCAAUGCCAGCCGUUCCUUCCCCAAGUCCAGCGAAAAAAUUGAAGGAAUCUCAAGUAAGAUGUUCAUAUCCUUCGUUUGAAUGCACUCAGCCUUGCAUAGACGGAUAUUUAUACUGUAUAAAACAUGUUUUGGAAGAUCCAAACGCUCCCUUUAAACAAUGUGGAUUCGUGUACAAUACAAAUGGGAGAAAAUGCCAAAACGCAGCCCCAAAAUUGGACCGUAGAGAUAUUUCAUAUUGUCCAGAGCAUUCGAGAAAAGCUCAAAUCGCUCGAAUCAAGUCAACAUCGAAACAUUCUUUGCCACAAACUCCGGAAAUGUUGCUUCUCAAUUUGAGCCAUUAUGUAAAACCGGCGAAUUCUAUUGAGAAAGAGAAGGAAAACGACCCUGGCAAAGUUGAAGUUUUGGAUCCUUUCUCUCAAGUGGAUGCUUCGAGAGUAAAUGCAGGAGUGAGUGAUAUUCUCGACUAUGCAAGUUCCUCGGACAGUGAUGUCGAACCGACAAUCGUUAGUGACACAGUUCGAGGUCCUUAUCUCGACGACAGUGACACAGAAAGUGUUCACAGUCCACAGGAGGAUCCUUUGAAUAUUAAUUUUUUAAGGCACGCCGGGAUCUUCACUGCCGAAGAGGUGAUUUACAUCGCGAGGGAGAAGCUGAUAAGACUGCAGUCUUUGUACAUUGAUCAAUUUAGAAGACUGCAGUAUACGAUGAGGGAAAAGAGGAGGAAGUACCUUCACGCCCUGAAAAAGGAGAAGGAAACCUUAUGUAAUAUACACGAUCAGCCGAGGGAAACCGCGAAGGAAAACAAGAUCUAUGAGAAAUUGAAAGCUUUGAAUCAAUACCACAGAAAAAGUGGAUUCGAAGCGGUUCUUUAUCAAAAAUCCGUUGAUCGUCGCGCUCAGGUAACGGAAGGCCAACCACCAAAAGCUCCGAACGUUCCAAAAUGCAUUUUCACAGAAGGUGGAGUCAAAUGUGGAGAACGGACUCUUCCUUCAGCAAAACAUUGUCGAAAACACAUUUUAAGUGACCAGCAUCAAGUUUUGUUCAAAGCGUGCGGAGCUGUCAGAGCGGACAUAGAAUGCCACGAACCCGUACCGGCAAUUUUUGAGAUGAACUGCGUCUUUCACAUGGAUUUGCCACCCCAAAGUAAACUGGAACCAAUGAGGUUUACGGAGAAAAAAUGUACGAACGAGGAAAAGGCGCCAACGGAUAGUCAGUCAAUGGAAAUUGACGUCGUUGGCGAGCCUCAGGAAAUUGAUCCUGACGACGAUAUGGCUGGAAUUAUGCGUGAAUUGAAUGACACGACUCCUGUUCAAAAAGCAGCUUUAAACGAAAGUAUAAACCGCGAGGAAAGCAUUGACACUGGCUUCAGCCUAACGCAUCAUUUGAGCGAGUUGGUUAAGGUAGCUGAUACUUCUGUUUAGUUUUCUUUCUAAUUUUCAAAAUGUACACAAGGAAACUUAACUUUUUGAACUGAAACUAUGAAGUUUCAUAUUUAAAUAAAACUGAGAAUUAAGAUUUAAAAUUUCUAAAUAUAUGUGUUAAAACUCGUGAAGGCGACAUACGAAGUCGAUUGUUCCUCGUGCCUUUGUAUUUUCUUUCGUAAUGAAGUUUUGUAUAUUGUACAAUUUAGUUUCGAUUUAGAAUUGUUAUUUAAUGUGGAAGUAGUAAUAAUAUUUAAGGUCACUGUAAAUAAAAGACGAUUUGCGUCAGUGUGAUAAUUAUGCUGUAAAAAUAGUUAAGUUGUAAAAGAAGUGAAAAUAAAAUUAAAAAGUAACCAAAUUUUAAA